AUGCACCUGGCGCUCCGCUAUUUGCUGAAGUUCUAGUCAAAGUGCAGGAUGAUGGGAGUUAGCGUUAAGUUGGUGUUCUGCGCAGUAGCGCUGCUUGCGACCAUUGCCGCCGCACCGUCCUCGAUCCCGUCCAAGAAAUCCACAAUCGGUGAACUGGUGGAGAUCGUUGAAGAGUACCGUGUGCUGUUCGAGGAACUCAGCCAAGAGAAGGACCAGAUGCUGGCCUUUGCCCGCACCGGUCUGUUCGCUUCGUACCGUCACAUGAACGAAGCCAUUCUGGAGAAUCUCGGAGAAACCCGCAACACGAUCGAGUACGGUUUCGACGAGCUGCGUACCGACAUUGCCGCGGCCAUCCUCGACGGGGGAGACGAGGACUGCUUGCUGGGACUAGCUUCGGAGAUCCGCGAUGAGCAGCGAGCUCUGGCCACCGGCAUGAGCAUCUGUUCCCAGUUCACCACCGAUGUCAAGGACGACCUUUCGUACUCCUUUUACGAAGUUCUCGAGCUGCUGCAGCGUCUCUCAACCGCUCUGAGCGAAUACACGACCUGGUCCUUCUCAACGCACAACUCCGUCACCGAUCCGCAGGAACAUGCCGAAUAUCUGCGCCGCACGUACGCGGAAUCUCGGGACAUGUGGGAGUACGAAGUCCUGCCCAUCAUCCAGUUCCAAAUCGAUGCCAUCGAGUACAACCGGCCGAUCGUUGUCGACGACAACAUGGACUGUCUGGAGAAGAUUGUCGAUCAGAUGCCAAUGUUUGAGGAGUACAUCCGCGGCAAGAUGGAGACUUGCGCCGAGCCGUUCAAAGCUGCGCUAGGUGUUAAGAAGAACUAACAGGAUAUUUCGCAAUUGUUUGAGUGGAGAAUAAUCGAGAUAACAUUGGUUAUCAAAUCUAGAACUGAAAUACACAGUAGCUCGUAAGGGA